UCAACUUGCGACUAUUAAUCACUCUCCUCUUUUAUUUCUCCUCUGCUCACCCUCCCAUGGCUCCCAUUACUUGAAGGCUACACAUUUCCCCUAUCUUCUUCCUCUUGCUCUCUUCUUCUCCUUUGUUGGGCAUGGAUUUCAAGAAUCCAGUCAACUUAGAGCACAUCUCCUCCUCUCUCUCGUUCAAGAGCAGAGUGAUAUCUGCCUUUGGACUUGGUGUCUUAGCUUCUCUCCUCGUCUUCUCUCUCCUCCCCAGCGUCAACGCUCCACCCACCAUCACUUCUCUCUCCUCCUCCUCUUUCUUCUCCUGGGUUUUCUCCAUUAACAACCCUCCCUCAAACUCCACCGACACUUUGUUGGCUCCUCCUGAUGUCAACAUCACUACUCCCUCAGAUUUGGGCACGACCCAUUUCAUGAAUUCAAGCGAUUUGUUGGGUAGGCAGCCGAUUUCUGUUAAAACCCAAGAUGCGAAUUCAUCAGAGAGUAGUUUUUCUGAGAGAAGCUCGGAUUUGGACGAUGCCCGUUUCAAGAAUCCAACGGAGGAAUCCCAAAAUCUUAAUCUGGGCGCGGACCAUGCUUUAGUACUGGGGCAAAUCACUAUUGGGAGCACGCCUUUAAACAACGGCUCAGCCGAAUCCGCAGCUUCUUUUCCGAUUUCUGAUGAAAUCCAAGAUGGGAUUUCAUCAAAAAGCAGUUUUCCUGAGCAAGUGUCGGAUUUGGGCAAUGCCCAUUUCGAGAACUCUACAGGGGAACCUCAAAAUCCUAAUCUGGAGCUAGUUAUGACCGAGAAUGCGGCUUUGAACAACAGCGCUGAGGACGAGAGGAAAGAUCUCGGAUCAACUGCUGAGGAAAAUAGGAAUGUGAGUGACGAUUCUGGUUCUGCGAAAGUACAGGGAGAGGUGACCAAGGAAAAGUGCAACAUAUUCAACGGGAGAUGGGUGAGAGAUGAGAGGGAGGCGUUGUAUGAUGCAGGAUCAUGCCCAUACAUUGAUAGCGAUUUCAAUUGCCGCAAGAAUGGGAGGCCUGACGACGACUUCUUUGCAGAUGGAGAUGGCAGCCUUGAUGAUUUGCCCGGACAUUUCUCCGGUUAA